UAAUAAUUUAUUUAAUAUUUAAAUUAACAAUAAUAAUUUUAAUCUGGAAUAAACUGACAUGUGAUAAAUUGAUAAUAAAAACAUGUUAUUGUACAUGAACCAAUGUUCAAUUGACAGAUAGAUGAUAACACAUACACACUCUUAUAUAUCCCCCCAUUUAUAUAGGUAUAAAACACCAAAUAUUAGACAGACACGUCACACUUAAACAAUUCUUCUUCUUGUCAGCUAGGUGUUUUCAGGUGUUUUUUUUUUUUUUAAAUAGUUUUUUGUGUAUAGCGUGGCAUUUUGAUAUAAUGUUUUCCAAUGUUUACUAAAAAAUUUUUAUAACAAAAACAACAACAAACAAAAUUGUUGAGGUUAAUUUCUAUACAGAUGUUUUGAAAAAAAAAAAAUAAAUAAAUAAUAAUAUUGUGAAUAAAAAUGUUAUAUUAUUUAUUAAUUAAAUGGAUUUUUUAUUUAUUUACUUUAAUUGUUAUUAUUGGACAUGGUGAUGCAAGAGCAAUUGACCAACAACAAGGUUUAUACAAUUCAAGUGAUUAUGUUAUUGUGUUAAAUUAUACAAAUUUAAAUUCAACAAUUUAUCACAGUAAUAGUUCAGCAUAUUUAGUUGAAUUUUACAGUAGUUGGUGUGGUUUUUGUCAAAAUUUUGCUCCAAUAUGGAAAUCAUUUGCUAAAGAUGUUAAUGAAUGGAAUGAUAUUGUAAAAAUUGGUGCUAUUGAUUGUGCUAAUGAUGAUAAUAAUCCAAUUUGUCGUGAUUAUGAAAUAAUGGCAUAUCCAACAGUUAGAUAUUUUUCACCAAAUGACAAAACAAAAGGUAUUGAUGUACAAAAAGGAAAAACAGUUGAUACUCUUAGACGUGAACUUGUUAAAAAACUACAAGAUGAUCAACAAAAAGAAAAAGGACAUUCUUGGCCAAAUCUAUCACCAUUUAGAAAUGACGACUUGGAAGAUGCUUGGCAUGCAGCACCAGAAACAGUAAAAUAUUAUUUUUUUAUAUUUGAUAAAGUAAAUUCAACACUUGGUAGUGAAAUAAUUCUUGAUAUGCAUAAAAUAAAUGAAAUUAAAAUACGUAAAAUAAUGAGUGAUAAUUUAUGGCUAACAAUGAUGUAUAAAAUAAAUAAUAAAUUUCCAACGCUAAUGGUUAUGGAUAGAAAAAAUAAACAAUUAAAAUUAGAUCUUCCAUCAACAUCAUCAACAAGAAAUGAAAUCGUAAAUGUGUUGAAUAAAUAUUUACAAUCAAAUGAUAUUAUGAUUGAUGAUAAAGAUGAUAAAAUAGAGUCAAAAAAAAUAGCUAAUACCACAAAUAAUGAUAAUACAAAUAUUAUAAAUAAAUAUCCAGAAAAUGAUGAUGUUUAUGAAGCUGAUUUAGAAUAUGCAUUACGUUAUUCAUUAAAAAAUGAAAUACCAUUAAAAAAAUUAAUUGAAAAUGAAUCAAUGAUAGCAUUAAAAAAUUAUAUAAAAAUAUUAUCAAAAUAUUAUCCCCUAAAUAAUAAUAAUAAUUAUUUAUUAAAUAUAUAUAAUGAUAUUGAAAAACUUGAAUCAAUAAGUGGUAAAACAUUUUUGGAUAUAAUCAAUAGCUAUGAAAAUAAAUUACCAAAAAUAUGGAAUAAAGAUAAAAAAUGGAUAAAAUGUAAAGGUAGUCAAGAAAAAUAUCGUGGUUAUCCAUGUGGUUUAUGGACAUUAUUUCAUACAUUAACUGUUAAUCAUGCUGAUAAAAAUGAAAAAUUAAAUAUAAAUGAACCAAUUGAAGUUUUAUCAGCAAUACAUGGUUAUAUUAAAAAUUUUUUUGGCUGUAAUAAUUGUGUUAAACAUUUUUUAUUAAUGUCAAAUGAACAUAAAAUAUUUGAUAUUGAAAAUACAGAUGAUUCUGUAUUAUGGCUAUGGCGUGCACAUAAUAUUGUUAAUGUUAGAUUAUCUGGUGAUGAAUCAGAAGAUCCAGAAUUUCCAAAAGUACGUUAUCCACCAAGAGAAUAUUGUGAAAAAUGUAGAAAUAAUGAUUAUACAUGGAAUGAAGAUGAAGUAUUAGAUUAUUUAAAAAAUAAACAUGGCUAUACAUCAAUUAAAUAUUAUAAUAAUACAAAAUAUGAAUCAUUAAAUAAUAAUAAUUCAAAACCAAAUAUAUUUACAUGGAAUUUUACGGAUUUUGAUAUUAGUAUUUGUGUUAUAUUUUAUUUUGUAUCUGUUUGUAUUAUAAUACUUGUUUAUUGUAAAUUUUUUGGUAAACGUUAUGGUAAAAAAAAAAAAUUAUAUGCAUUCUAUAUUAAAUAGAAAUAAUAAUUAAUUAUUUAAUCAAUUAUUUCUAUUAUUUUUAUUUUGUAAAUAUAUUAUUAAUUAAUGUGAAUAUCAAACAAAAAAAAAAUAAUAAUUUUCCAAUGAUUUUUUUUUUUUUUUUUAAAUUAAUAAUUAUAUAACUUCCAUUUUUUCCACCGUCCACGGAUAUUAUUUUUUAUGUAAUAUAUUAAUGACUGUUUAUAUUUAUCUUCCUGUUGUUAAUACAAAAUAAAAAUUAUAAUUUUCAAUAUGUACAUUUAAUUUAUUUAUGUCAAUAACAAGUUGUUUAUAUAAAUUAAUUUAAUUUUGUUUUGAUAAUAAAUGAAUUCGUUAAAUAAC